UUGAUUGAUACUACAAGAACGAUUUGUUAUUGUGUCACAAUUUCAUAAAUAAAUUUUCAUUGUUUUAUGAAUGUUGUUUUGAUUAAAAUAAAAAAAGUUUAAAAAAAAAUUAGUUAAUUACAAUCAGUUAAAAAAAUGGGAGCCGUUUUGGGUCUGUGUACUGCAGCACAAUUAGCGUGCUGCUGUGGUAGCGCAGCAUGUUCACUUUGCUGUGCCGCUUGUCCAUCAUGCAGAAAUUCAACAUCUACACGAAUUAUGUAUGCAAUUCUAUUGUUAAUUGCGAGUAUAGCAGCAGCUAUUACGUUAGCACCAGGCCUGCAGGACACACUUCAAAAACUACCAUUUUGUGCAAAUAGUACAAGUACAUCAGCGAUUGUAGUACCGACUUCGGCAAUAUUUGAUUGUAAUGCUGUUGUUGGAUAUUUGGCUGUAUAUCGAAUAUGUUUUGUUGUUACGCUGUUCUUCUUUUUAUUCGCACUGAUGAUGAUUGGUGUACGAGAUUCAAAAGAUCCUCGUGCAGGAAUUCAAAAUGGUUUUUGGGGCCUUAAAUAUUUAAUAGUAAUUGCUGGUAUAGUUGGUGCAUUUUUCAUACCAGAAGGUUCAUUUGGUACAACAUGGAUGUACUUUGGUAUAAUUGGUGGAUUUCUCUUUAUUUUUGUGCAAUUGAUUUUAAUUAUUGAUUUUGCACAUUCAUGGGCUGAAAAUUGGGUAGGACAGUAUGAAGAAACUGAAUCACGUGGUUGGUACGCUGCAUUAUUGAGUGCUACAUUUGGUUUAUACAUUGGAUCUCUUGUUGGAAUCAUUUAUUUAUUCUUAAAUUAUACUGAGUCAAAUGCUUGUGGAUUGAAUAAAUUUUUCAUAUCAUUCAAUUUAAUAUUAUGUGUAAUUGUAAGUAUAUUAUCAAUAUUACCAGCUGUGCAAGAAUCUCAACCACGUUCAGGUCUAUUACAAAGUGCUGUUGUUACAUUAUAUAUUACAUACUUAACAUGGGCAGCUAUAUCAAAUAAUCCAGAUAAACAAUGCAAUCCUGGAAUGUUGGGAAUUAUAAUUAAGGAAGAUACCCAAGUGGCAUUCGAUGGGAAAACAAUUGUUGGAUUACUUAUAUGGAUGGUUUGCGUGCUGUAUUCAUCAAUACGUUCAGCAUCAAAAUCGUCCAAAAUUACAAUGACCGAUCAUGUUUUAGCUAAAGAUGUUAGAGGUUCUGGAGGCGAUGCGCUAGUGGAUAAUGAAGAUGAUGGCGGUGAGUCUGGUGGUACUCGUCAUCAGGGUAAAGUGUGGGAUAAUGAAGAUGAAGGAGUUGCAUACAGUUGGAGUUUCUUCCAUGUAAUGUUUGGCCUUGCAACUUUAUAUAUUAUGAUGACGUUAACAAAUUGGUACAAACCAAAUUCAUCUUUGGAAACUGUGAAUGCUAACACAGCAUCAAUGUGGGUAAAAAUUAUUUCAAGUUGGUUAUGCGUUGCUUUAUAUGGAUGGACUCUGACUGCACCAUUAGUACUGACUGAUCGUGAUUUUAGUUAAAUCACUUUGUUUAAAGAAUUUGGAAGAGAAGAAAACGUUAAAAAAAGUUUUUUUUUAUUUCAAUGUGGAAUUAAAUUUUGUACUUAAAACAAUUUAACUUUGUACUUAGGAUAAGUUUUAAAAGUAGGUUAGUACAAAAUUUAAUUCACUAUUUAUGUGAUAAUUUUAAAUGAAAAUGUUUUCUAAAUUUUUUCUUUGGGUGUAUAAUGAAAAAUUAUUUUUGUACUUUUUUGAUUCAUUGGAAAUACUACUUAAGUAUAUAUGUAAUAUUCGGUAACGUAUUUAUCGAUUAAUUAAUCCAUUAUAAUGUUAGCUUUUUAGCAAGAAUUUUUAAUAAAUAUAUUAUUAUCAUUAUCUAUAUUAUAUAAAAUAAAUAAGUUAGGCCUCGGUUUUUGUUAGAAACGACAUAUUACUUUGACUCUUAUUAACAUACUAAUCAAAAGUGUCAAUGUUUUAAUGAACAGUUUUUGGUAUAUUUAGAGUCAAAUGUUGAAACAUUGGCAAUAAUUUACAUGACCCCGAAAUCGAGAAAAUGCACUGGUAGACUGUUAUUUAAUUUUCAUACACAAGAUUCUAUCUAUAAAAUUGAAGGAUACAAAUUUUCGUACAGUGCGUUCUGAGGUUUCAUUGGAUAGGACUUUAAAAAUAGCAUAGAAAUAUUUCAUUGAAUUUUUUCCUAAAGCAAAAAUUACGUCAGAAUAUGGUCACGUAGGUGUUUUUUUUCCCUGUUUCAACAUUGACCUCAAAUAUCUCAAAAACUCUUUACCAAACGUUAGAACAAUGUAAUCAAAAGGCUAUUUGUAUUUGGUCUCCCU